AUGGGCGUCGACUGCAAGCGCUUUGUGUCGCGCUUCUGUGCCAGCCGCUUCUGCCGGCUCCACGGCUCCGUGGCGCGCGAGUGCUGCCGCUGCCACGGGCUCUGCUGCACCGGCGGCGCUGGGAACGCUGACCAUCGAUCCGCCGGCCGGACUGGGAGGGCAGCCUGCACGGACGGCGCCGGCCGCGCCCGAGGCCCACUCGAGCGCUGGCCAGACGACCCCAAACACCCGUGCCGCUGGUACAGCUGCGUGGACGGCCGGCCGCUGCUGCAGCUCGACAUCCGCGCCGGCUGCCCACUCGAGCGCUGGCCAGACGACCCCAAACACCCGUGCCGCUGGUACAGCUGCGUGGACGGCCGGCCGCUGCUGCAGCUCGACAUCCGCGCCGGCUGUAGGGAUCCCCCGGAAGGCUACACAUGUGUCUCGAGCCCACUCGAGCGCUGGCCAGACGACCCCAAACACCCGUGCCGCUGGUACAGCUGCGUGGACGGCCGGCCGCUGCUGCAGCUCGACAUCCGCGCCGGCUGUAGGGAUCCCCCGGAAGGCUACACAUGUGUCUCGAGCCCACUCGAGCGCUGGCCAGACGACCCCAAACACCCGUGCCGCUGGUACAGCUGCGUGGACGGCCGGCCGCUGCUGCAGCUCGACAUCCGCGCCGGCUGUAGGGAUCCCCCGGAAGGCUACACAUGUGUCUCGAACGACCCCAAACACCCGUGCCGCUGGUACAGCUGCGUGGACGGCCGGCCGCUGCUGCAGCUCGACAUCCGCGCCGGCUGUAGGGAUCCCCCGGAAGGCUACACAUGUGUCUCGAGUAGGCGCAUCAACCACUGCUGCACCGACUACAACUGCACCCGCACUGUCCACAGCGGCCGCGACAGAGUCUUCAUCGGUGGAGGAGUCCACAUCAGUGGAGGAGUCAUCAUUAGCGGCAUCGGAGCUAGCAAUGGCCCACUCGAGCGCUGGCCAGACGACCCCAAACACCCGUGCCGCUGGUACAGCUGCGUGGACGGCCGGCCGAUGCUGCAGCUCGACAUCCGCGCCGGCUGUAGGGAUCCCCCGGAAGGCUACACAUGUGUCUCGAGUAGGCGCAUCAACCACUGCUGCAUCGACUACAACUGCACCCGCACCGUCCACAGCGGCAGCGACAGAGUCUUCAUCGUUGGAGGAGUGCACAUAAGUGGAGGAGUCAUCACUAGCGGUAGCGGAGGUAGCAACGGUGCAGGUAGCAGCAAUGGAGGAACGGGUAGUGGCGGCGAAUCCGGAGACAGCGGGGGAGGUGGAGGCAGCCACAGCGGAGGAGGACCCUUCGUCGGUGGAGGAAGCAAUUGGAUUUCCACCGGCAGUGGAUUUGAAUUUCACACCAGCGAUGGCAUCGGUGGGGGAGUCAUCACUAGCGGCAGCGGGGGUAGCAACAGUGGGGGAGCAGGUAGCAGCAAUGGAGGAGCGGGUAGCGGCGGCGGAGCAGGAAGCAGUGGAGGAGGUGGAGGCAGCCAUAACGGAGGAGGAGGACCCGGCAGCGGCAGCGGACACAGCGGAGACGGCGACGGCGUUGGGACGGGUGAUGCACCCGACAACGGCCGAGACGCAGCCGUCGGCAUCUGUGUGGACGGCACCGGUGUUGUCAGGUACUACGGCUCCACCUGGACCAGCGCCGACGGCUGCACGCACUACGUCUGCGACAAUGGCCACAUCUCCAUGGCCCUCGUUGACUGUGCGCCGCUUCCGGGUCACCCUUGCGUGCCGGUACCGGUGCCGGGACGGUGCUGUCCGCGGUACGACUGCAGUAACGAUCCACCACCCAAUCAAGACUGUGUGGACGGCACAGGCCAGGUAAGAGCGCACGGCUCCACCUGGACCAGCGCUGGCGGCUGCACACAGCACGCCUGCUACAACGGCCACGUCGCCACCGCCACAGUUGACUGUGCUCCGUCUCCUGGUUCUUACUGCGUGCCAGUGCCGGUGCCCGGCCAGUGCUGCCCGAUCUACAUCUGCGACAGCACAAACUGUGUGGACGGAACCGGCCAAGUCAGACCGCACGGCUCCACCUGGACUAGCGCUGACGGCUGCACACACUACACCUGCGACAACGGCCACAUCUCCACCACCACAGUUGACUGCGCGCCGCCUCCUGGUCCUAACUGCGUGCCAGUGCCGGUAUCAGGACAGUGCUGUCCCAGCUACAACUGCAGCGACAGCAGCCUGGCACCAUGCACGCACGCCGGCAGGACGUACCCGGACGGCGUGCAGUUCCCCGACGACGAGGACCACCCGUGCUCGGUGCUCGAGUGUGACGACGGCACGGUGCGCGUGGUGCUGCCGCCGCCCCAGUGUGCGACGCUCACGUGCGUCGAUCCCCAGCAGGCGCCAGGCCAGUGCUGCCCUGUGUGUCCCGCAGACUGUGUGGACAACACCGGCCAGGUCAGGCCGCACGGCUCCACCUGGACCAGCGCUCACGGCUGUACACACUACGCCUGCUACAACGGCCACAUCUCCAACGCCACAGUUGACUGUCUGCCGUCUCCUGGUCCCAAUUGCGUGCCCGUAUCGGUGUCAGGAGAGUGCUGCCCCCACUACAACUGCGACAACUCACAGUGUGUGGACGGCACCGGCCAAAUCAGACCACACGGAUCUACCUGGACCAACGCUGACGGCUGCACACACUACGCCUGCGACAACGGCAACAUAUCCACCGCCAUAGUUGACUGCGCUCCGCCUCCUGGUUCUUCUAACUGCGUGCCAGUACCGGUACCGGGACGGUGCUGCCCCCGCUACAACUGCGACAACUCACACUGUGUGGACGGACCCGGCCAAGUCAGACCGCACGGCUCCAUCUGGACCAGCGCUGAUGGCUGCACACACUACGCCUGCGACAACGGCCACAUCUCCACCACCGCAGUUAACUGCGCGCCGCCUCCCAGGCCUAACUGCGUGCCAGUGCCGGUGUCAGGACAGUGCUGUCCCAGCUACAACUGCAGCGACAGCAGUCUGGCACCAUGCACGCACGCCGGCAGGACGUACCCGGACGGCGCGCAGUUCCCCGACGACGAGGACCACCCGUGCUCGGUGCUCGAGUGUGACGACGGCACGGUGCGCGUGGUGCUGCCGCCGCCCCAGUGCGCGACGCUCACGUGUGUCGAUCCACAGCAGGCGCCGGGCCAGUGCUGCCCAGUGUGUCCCGCAGAGGGUUGCGUGGACUCGGCCGGUGUCACGCACGCCGUCAACUCGGUCUACCUGGACGGGCUCGACACGCCGGGAGACUGCUACGUGUGCGCAGCCGGCAGCCCGCCGCAGCCACUGCUGGCGCAGAACGUGGCGCGCAGUUGUCCGCGCGCGCCGCCCGGCUGCAACGAGACGUUCGAGGAGGGCCGGUGCUGCCCAACCAUCAGCUGUCCGGACGGCGACCCGUGCAUCUUCGAGGGCGUGGCGCACGCGCCGGGAACGCAGUGGAUGGACGAUCUGGCGCGGCCCUGCGUCACGUACACCUGCGUGCUGGGCGUGGCCGUCCAGGUGGGGCGAGUCGAGUGUGCGCCGCUGCCGGACGGCUGCAGCGCCCUGUACACGGACGGCUUCUGCUGCCCCGAGCACGACUGUCCCGGAGCGCCGUGCACGCACGCCGGCCAGCAGCACGACGACGGCACGUCGUGGCCGCAGGACCCGGUGCGGCCGUGCACCAUCCUGUCUUGCCACGACGGCCACGUGCUCUCGGAGGACGUGUCGGACCAGUGCGCGCCGCCGCCGACUGGGCCCGGUACCUGCACGCCUGCGCACGUCGACUACCAGUGCUGCCCGGUCUACGACUGCGUGCGGGCCACGUGCGAGUACAACGGCACGACAUACAGCGAGGGCGACACGUGGCCGGACAACGAGACGUUCCCGUGCAAGCGGUUCAACUGCACGCUGAACGGACCGGUUAAGGUGGCCGACUACGGAGCCCACUGUCCACCACAGCCCAACCCGCACUGCACCGGGCUACGCACGCCUGGAUACUGCUGUAAACAGUGGAAUUGUCCCGAUGAACCCAAAAAAGUGCCAGAGGAACUGCAUAUUGACUGUAAGGACAGUACCGGCCAAGUAAGACCGCACGGCUCCACCUGGACCAGCGCUGACGGCUGUACGAACUACGCCUGCUACAACGGCAACAUCUCCACCGCCACAGUUGACUGCGCUCCACCUCCUGGUCCUAACUGCGCGCCGGUACCAGUGCCGGAACAGUGCUGUCCCAGUUACAACUGCGAUAACUCACACUGUGUGGACGGCACCGGUCAAGUCAGACCGCACGGCUCCACCUGGACCAGCGUUGACGGCUGCACACACUACACUUGCGACAAUGGCCACAUCUAUACGGCCACAGUUGACUGCGCUGGGCCUCCUGGUCCUUACUGCGUGUCCGUAUCGGUGCCAGGACAGUGCUGCCCCCAUUACAACUGCAGUAAUUCACACUGUGUGGACGGCACCGGUCAAGUCAGGCCGCACGGCUCCACCUGGACCAGCGUUGACGGCUGCACACACUACACCUGCGACAACGGCCACAUCUCCACCGCCAUAGUUGACUGCGCGCCGCCUCCCAGGCCUAACUGCGUACCAGUGCCGGUGUCAGGACAGUGCUGUCCCAGCUACAACUGCAGCGACAGCAGCCUGGCACCAUGCACGCACGCCGGCAGGAUGUACCCGGACGGCGCGCAGUUCCCCGACGACGAGGACCACCCGUGCUCGGUGCUCGAGUGUGACGACGGCACGGUGCGCGUGGUGCUGCCGCCGCCCCAGUGUGCGACGCUCACGUGCGUCGACCCGCAGCAGGCGCCAGGCCAGUGCUGCCCUGUGUGUCCCGCAGACUGUGAGGACAACACCGGCCAGGUCAGACCGCACGGCUCCACCUGGACCAGCGCCGACGGCUGUACACACUACGCCUGUGACAAUGGCCACAUCGCCACGGCCAUAGUCCACUGCCCGCCGCCUCCUGGUCCUAACUGCGUGCCAAUAUCAGUGUCAGGAGAGUGCUGCCCCCGCUACAACUGCGACAACUCACAGUGUGUGGACAACACCGGCCAAGUCAGGCCCCAUGGCUCCACCUGGACCAGCGCUGACGGCUGCACACACUACGCCUGCGACAACGGCAACAUCUCCACCGUCAUAGUUGACUGUGCUCCGCCCCCUGGUCCUAACUGCUUGCCAGUACCGGUACCGGGACAGUGCUGUCCCCGCUACAACUGCGACAACUCACACUGUGUGGACGGCACCGGCCAAGUCCGACCGCAUGGCUCCACCUGGACCAGCGCUGACGGCUGCACACACUACGCCUGCGACAACGGCCACAUCUCCGCCGCCACAGUUGACUGCGCUCCGCCUCCUGGUCCUAACUGCGUGCCAGUACCGGUAUCGGGACAAUGCUGCCCCAGCUACAACUGCGACAACUCACACUGUGUGGACGGCACCGGUCAAGUCAGACCGCACGGCUCCACCUGGACCAGCGCUGACGGCUGCAGGCACCACGCUUGCCACAACGGCCACAUCUCCACCACCGCAGUUGACUGCGCGCCGCCUCCCAGGCCUAACUGCGUGCCAGUGCCGGUGUCAGGACAGUGCUGUCCCAGCUACAACUGCAGCGAUAGCAGCCUGGCACCAUGCACGCACGCCGGCAGGACGUACCCGGACGGCGCGCAGUUCCCCGACGACGAGGACCACCCGUGCUCGGUGCUCGAGUGUGACGACGGCACGGUGCGCGUGGUGCUGCCGCCGCCCCAGUGCGCGACGCUCACGUGCGUCGAUCCCCAGCAGGCGCCAGGCCAGUGCUGCCCAGUGUGUCCCGCAGACUGUGUGGACAACGCCGGCCAGGUCAGGCCGCACGGCUCCACCUGGACCAGCGCUGACGGCUGCACACAAUACGCCUGCUACAAUGGCCACGUCUCCAACGCCACGGUUGACUGCCUGCCAUCUCCUGGUCCUAACUGCGUGCCCGUAUCGGUGCCAGGAGACUGCUGCCCCCACUAUAACUGCGACAACUCACACUGUGUGGACAACACGGGUCAAGUCAGACCGCACGGCUCCACCUGGACCAGCGCUCACGGCUGCAAACACUACACCUGCGACAACGGCCACAUCUCCACCACCACAGUUGAUUGCACGCCGUCCCCUGGUCCUAACUGUGUGUCAGUACCGGUACCAGGACAGUGCUGUCCCCGCUACAACUGCGACAACUCACACUGUGUGGACGGCACCGGUCAAGUCAGACCGCAUGGCUCCACCUGGACAAGCGCUGACGGCUGCACACACUACGCCUGCGAUAAUGGCCGCAUCUCCACCGCCACAGUUGACUGCGCUCCGCCUCCUGGUCCUAACUGUGUGCCAGUACCGGUACCAGGACAGUGUUGUCCAAGCUACUACUGCGACAACUCACACUGCGUGGACGGCACCGGUCAAGUCAGACCGCACGGCUCCACCUGGACCAGCGCUGACGGCUGCACACACUACACCUGCGACAACGGCCACAUCUCCACCACCACAGUUGACUGUGCGCCGCCUCCCAGGCCUAACUGCGUGCCAGUGCCGGUGUCAGGACAGUGCUGUCCCAGCUACAACUGCAGCGACAGCAGCCUGGCACCAUGCACGCACGCCGGCAGGACGUACCCGGACGGCGCGCAGUUCCCCGACGACGAGGACCACCCGUGCUCGGUGCUCGAGUGUGACGACGGCACGGUGCGCGUGGUGCUGCCGCCGCCCCAGUGUGCGCCGCUCACGUGCGUCGAUCCACAGCAGGCGCCAGGCCAGUGCUGCCCUGUGUGUCCCGCAGACUGUGAGGACAACACCGGCCAGAUCAGACCGCACGGGUCCAACUGGACCAGCGGUGACGGCUGCACACGAUACGCCUGCUACAACGGCCACAUCUCCACCGCCAUAGUUGACUGUCUGCCGUCUCCUGGUCCUAACUGCGUGCCCGUAUCAGUGCCAGGAGAUUGCUGCCCCUACUACAGCUGCGACAACUCACACUGUGUGGACGGCACCGGCGAAGAUAGACCGCACGGCUCCACCUGGACCAGCGCUGACGGCUGCACACACUACACCUGCAACAAUGGCCACAUUUCCACUGCCAUAGUUGACUGCGCUCCGUCCCCUGGUCCUAACUGCGUGUCAGUGCUGACGCCAGGACAGUGCUGUCCCAGCUAUAACUGCGAUAACUCACACUGUGUGGACGGCACCGGUCAAGUCAGACCGCACGGCUCUACCUGGACUAGCGCUGACGGCUGCACACACUACGCCUGCGACAACGGCCACAUCUCCACCGCCACAGUUGACUGCGCGCCGCCUCCUGGUCCUAACUGCGUGCCAGUACCGGUACCAGGACAAUGCUGUCUCCGCUACAACUGCGACAACUCAAACUGUGUGGACGGAACCGGUCAAGUCAGACCGCACGGCUCCACCUGGACCAGCGCUGAUGGCUGCACACACUACACCUGCGACAACAGCAACAUCUCUACUGCUACAGUUGACUGCGCGCCGCCUCCCAGGCCUAACUGCGUGCCAGUGCCGGAGCCAGGACAGUGCUGCCCCAGCUAUAACUGCAGCGACAGCAGCCUGGCACCAUGCACGCACGCCGGCAGGACGUACCCGGACGGCGCGCAGUUCCCAGACGACGAGGAGCGCCCGUGCUCGGUGCUCGAGUGUGACGACGGCACGGUGCGCGUGGUGCUGCCGCCGCCCCGGUGUGCGACGCUCACGUGCGUCGACCCGCGGCAGGAGCCAGGCCAGUGCUGCCCAGUGUGUCCCGCAGACUGUGAGGACAACACCAGCCAUGUCAGACCGCACGGCUCCACCUGGACCAGCGCUAACGGCUGUACACACUACGCCUGCUACAACGGCCACAUCUCCAACGCCACAGUUGACUGUCUGCCGUCUCCUGGUCCCAAUUGCGUGCCCGUUUCGGUGCCAGGAGAGUGCUGCCCCCACUACAACUGCGACAGUUCACCCUGUGAGGACAGCACCGGCCAGGUCAGACCGCACGGCUCCACGUGGACCAGUGCUGACGGCUGUACACACUUCGCCUGUGACAACGGCCACGUCUCCACCGCUAUAGUUGACUGCGCACCACCUCCCAGGCCUAACUGCGUGCCCAUAACGGUGCCAGCACACUGCUGUCCCCGCUACAACUGCGACAACUCACCCUGUGUGGACGGCACCGGCCAAGUCAGGCCCCAUGGCUCCACCUGGACCAGCGCUGACAGCUGCACACACUACACCUGCGACAAUGGCCACAUCUCCACCGCCACAGUUGCCUGCGCGCCACCUCCUGGUCCUAACUGCGUGCCAGUACCGGUAUCGGGACAAUGCUGUCCCCGCUACAACUGCGACAACUCACUCUGUGUGGACAACACCGGCCAAGUCAGACCGCAUGGCUCCACCUGGAACAGCGCUGACGGCUGCACACACUACGCCUGCGACAACGGUCAUAUCUCCACCGCCACAGUUGACUGCGCGCCGUCUCCUGGUCCUAACUGCGUGCCAGAAGCGGUGCCAGGACAAUGCUGCCCCAGCUAUAAUUGCAGCGACAGCAGCCUGGCACCAUGCACGCACGCCGGCAGGACGUACCCGGACGGCGCGCAGUUCCCCGACGACGAGGACCGCCCGUGCUCAGUGCUCGAGUGUGACGACGGCACGGUGCGCGUGGUGCUGCCGCCACCCCAGUGUGCGACGCUCACAUGCGUCGACCCGCAACGGGCGCCAGGCCAGUGCUGCCCUGUGUGUCCCUCAGACUGUGUGGACAACACCGGCCAGGUCAGGCCACACGGCUCCACCUGGACCAGCGCCGACGGUUGCACACGAUACGCCUGCUACAAUGGUCACAUCGCCAUCGCCAUAGUCGACUGUCUCCUGUCUCCUGGCGCUAACUGCGUGCCCGUAUCGGUGCCAGGACAGUGCUGUCCCCACUACAACUGCGACAAUUCACACUGCGUGGACGGCACCGGCCAAGACAGACCGCACGGCUCCAUCUGGACCAGCGCUGACGGCUGCACACACUACGCCUGCGACAACGGCCACAUCUCUACCACCAUAGUUGCCUGCGCACCGCCUCCUGGUCCCAACUGCGUGCCAGUACCGGUACCAGGACAGUGCUGUCCCCGCUACAACUGCGACAACUCACCCUGUGUGGAUGGCACCGGUCAAGUCAGACCGCAUGGCUCCACCUGGACCAGCGCUGACGGCUGCACACACUACGCCUGCGACAACGGCCACAUCUCCAUCGCCAUAGUUGACUGCGCUCCACCUCCUGGUCCUAACUGCGUGCCAGUAACGGCGCCGGAACAGUGCUGUCCACGCUACAACUGCGACAACUCACACUGUGUGGACGGAACCGGUCAAGUCAGACCGCACGGCUCCACCUGGACCAGCGCUGACGGCUGCGCACACUACACCUGCGACAACGGCCACAUUUCCACCGCCACAGUUGACUGCGCGCCGCCUCCCAGGCCUAACUGCGUGCCAGUGCCGGUGUCAGGACAGUGCUGUCCCAGCUACAACUGCAGCGACAGCAGCCUGGCACCAUGCACGCACGCCGGCAGGACGUACCCGGACGGCGCGCAGUUCCCCGACGACGAGGACCACCCGUGCUCGGUGCUCGAGUGUGACGACGGCACGGUGCGCGUGGUGCUGCCGCCGCCCCAGUGUGCGACGCUCACAUGCGUCGAUCCCCAGCAGGCGCCAGGCCAGUGCUGCCCUGUGUGUCCCGCAGACUGUAAGGACAAUACCGGCCAGGUCAGACCGCACGGUUCCACCUGGACCAGCGCUGACGGCUGCACACGAUACGCCUGCUACAACGGCCACAUCUCCACCGCCAUAGUUGACUGUCUGCCGUCUCCUGGUCCUAACUGCGUGCCCGUAUCGGUGCCAGGAGAUUGCUGCCCCGACUACAACUGCGACAAUUCACAUUGCGCGGACAGCACCGGUCAAGUUAGACCGCACGGCUCCACCUGGACCAGCGCUGACGGCUGCACGCACUACACCUGCGACAACGGCCACGUCUCCACCGCCGCAGUUGACUGUACUCCGCCUCCUGGCCCUACUUGCGUGCCAGUACCGCUACCGGGACAGUGCUGCCCCCGCUACAACUGCGACAGCUCACCCUGCGUGGACGGCACCGGCCGGGUCAGACCGCACGGCUCCACCUGGACCAGCGCUGACGGCUGCACACACUACGCCUGCGACAACGGCCACAUCUCCACCGCCAUAGUUGACUGUACUCCGCCUCCUGGCCCUUACUGCGUGCCAGUGCCGGUACCGGGACAGUGCUGUCCUCGCCACGACUGCGAUAACUCAGACUGUGUGGACGGCACCGGCCAAGACAGACCGCACGGCUCCACCUGGACCAGCGCCGACGUCUGCACACACUACGCCUGCGACAACGGCCACAUCUCCACCGCCAUAGUUGACUGCGCGCCGCCUCCCAGGCCUAACUGCGUGCCAGUGCCGGUGUCAGGACAGUGCUGUCCCAGCUACAACUGCAGCGACAGCAGCCUGGCACCAUGCACGCACGCCGGCAGGACGUACCCGGACGGCGCGCAGUUCCCCGACGACGAGGACCACCCGUGCUCGGUGCUCGAGUGUGACGACGGCACGGUGCGCGUGGUGCUGCCGCCGCCCCAGUGUGCGACGCUCACGUGCGUCGAUCCCCAGCAGGCGCCAGGCCAGUGCUGCCCUGUGUGUCCCGCAGACUGUGUGGACAACGCCGGCCAGGUCAGACCGCACGGCUCCACCUGGACCAGCGCUGACGGCUGCACACGACACGCCUGCUACAACGGCCACAUCUCCAACGCCACAGUUGACUGUCUGCCAUCUCCUGGUCCUAACUGCGUGCCAGUACCGGUGCCAGGAGAGUGCUGCCCCCACUAUAACUGCGACAAUUCACAAUGUGUGGACGGUGCCGGCCAAGUCAGACCGCAUGGCUCCACCUGGACCAGCGCUGACGGCUGCACACACUACACCUGCGACAACGGCCACAUCUCCACCACCACAGUUGACUGUGCUCCGCCUCCUGGUCCUAACUGCGUGCCAGUACUAGUAGCGGGACAGUGCUGUCCCAACUACAACUGCCAUAACUCACCCUGUGUGGAUGGCACCGGCCAAGACAGACCGCACGGCUCCACCUGGAACAGCGCUGAUGGCUGCACACACUAUGCCUGCGACAACGGCCACAUCUCCACCGCCAUAGUUGACUGCGCGCCACCUCCUAGGCCUAACUGCGUGCCAGUGCCGGUGCCAGGACAGUGCUGCCCCAGCUACAACUGCAGCGAUAGCACCCUGGCACCAUGCACGCACGCCGGCAGGACGUACCCGGACGGCGCGCAGUUCCCCGACAACGAGGACCACCCGUGCUCGGUGCUCGAGUGUGACGACGGCACGGUGCGCGUGGUGCUGCCGCCGCCCCAGUGUGCGACGCUCACGUGCGUCGAUCCCCAGCAGGCGCCAGGCCAGUGCUGCCCUGUGUGUCCCGCAGAGGGUUGCGUGGACUCGGCCGGUGUCACGCACGCCGUCAACUCGGUCUACCUGGACGGGCUCGACACGCCGGGAGACUGUUACGUGUGCGCAGCCGGCAGCCCGCCGCAGCCACUGCUGGUGCAGAACGUGGCGCGCAGUUGUCCGCGCGCGCCGCCCGGCUGCAACGAGACGUUCGAGGAGGGCCGGUGCUGCCCAACCAUCAGCUGUCCGGACGGCGAUCCAUGCAUCUUCGAGGGCGUGGCGCACGCGCCGGGAACGCAGUGGAUGGACGAUCUGGCGCGGCCCUGCGUCACGUACACCUGCGUGCUGGGCGUGGCCGUCCAGGUGGGGCGAGUCGAGUGUGCGCCGCUGCCGGACGGCUGCAGCGCCUUGUACACGGACGGCUUCUGCUGUCCCGAGCACUACUGUCCCGGAGCGCCGUGCACGCACGCCGGCCAGCAGCACGACGACGGCACGUCGUGGCCGCAGGACCCGGUGCGGCCGUGCACCAUCCUGUCUUGCCACGACGGCCACGUGCUCUCGGAGGACGUGUCGGACCAGUGCGCGCCGCCGCCGACUGGGCCCGGUACCUGCACGCCUGCGCACGUUGACUACCAGUGCUGCCCGGUCCACGACUGCGUGCAGGCCACGUGCGAGUACAACGGCACGACAUACAGCGAGGGCGACACGUGGCCGGACAACGAGACGUUCCCGUGCAAGCGGUUCAACUGCACGCUGAACGGACCGAUUAAGGUGGCCGACUACGGAGCCCACUGUCCACCACAGCCCAACCCGCACUGCACCGGGCUACGCGCGCCUGGAUACUGCUGUAAACAGUGGAAUUGUCCCGAUGGACCCAAAAAAGUGCCAGAAGAACCGCAUAUUGACUGUGUGGACGGCACCGGUCAAGUCAGGCCGCACGGCUCCACCUGGACCAGCGCUGACGGCUGCACACACUACGCCUGCGACCACGGCCACAUCUCCAAUAGCACAGUUGACUGCGCGCCGCCUCCCAGGCCUAACUGCGUGCCAGUGCCUGUGCCAGGACAGUGCUGUCCCAGCUACAACUGCAGCGACAGCAGUCUGGCACCAUGCACGCACGCCGGCAGGACGUACCCGGACGGCGCGCAGUUCCCCGACGACGAGGACCGCCCGUGCUCGGUGCUCGAGUGUGACGACGGCACGGUGCGCGUGGUGCUGCCGCCGCCCCAGUGUGCGACGCUCACGUGCGUCAACCCGCAGCAGGCGCCGGGCCAGUGCUGUCCAGUGUGUCCCGCAGAGGGUUGCGUGGACUCGGCCGGUGUCACGCACGCCGUCAACUCGGUCUACCUGGACGGGCUCGACACACCGGGAGACUGUUACGUGUGCGCAGCCGGCAGCCCGCCGCAGCCACUGCUGGUGCAGAACGUGGCGCGCAGUUGUCCGCGCGCGCCGCCCGGCUGCAACGAGACGUUCGAGGAGGGCCGGUGCUGCCCAACCAUCAGCUGUCCGGACGGCGACCCGUGCAUCUUCGAGGGCGUGGCGCAUGCGCCGGGAACGCAGUGGAUGGACGAUCUGGUGCGGCCCUGCGUCACGUACACCUGCGUGCUGGGCGUGGCCGUCCAGGUGGGGCGAGUCGAGUGUACGCCGCUGCCGGACGGCUGCAGCGCCCUGUACACGGACGGCUUCUGCUGCCCCGAGCACGACUGCCCCGGAGCGCCGUGCACGCACGCCGGCCAGCAGCACGACGACGGCACGUCGUGGCCGCAGGACCCGGUGCGGCCGUGCACCAUCCUGUCUUGCCACGACGGCCACGUGCUCUCGAAGGACGUGUCGGACCAGUGCGCGCCGCCGCCGACUGGGCCCGGUACCUGCACGCCUGCGCACGUUGACUACCAGUGCUGCCCGGUCUACGACUGCGUGCAGGCCACGUGCGAGUACGACGGCACGACAUACAGCGAGGGCGACACGUGGCCGGACAACGAGACGUUCCCGUGCAAGCGGUUCAACUGCACGCUGAACGGACCGGUUAAGGUGGCCGACUACGGAGCCCACUGUCCACCACAGCCCAACCCGCACUGCACCGGGCUACGCACGCCUGGAUACUGCUGUAAACAGUGGAAUUGUCCCGAUGGACCCAAAAAAGUGCCAGAAGAACCGCAUAUUGACUGCGUGGUGAACGGCACCGUGUACAGCAACGACCAGACGUGGUGGGCAGAACCGCACCGGCGGUGCUUGCUGUACGCCUGCCGCCACGGUGCCAUGGUGCUGCUGAAGAGCCUGCUGCCGUGCCCUGCCGUGCCCGCCAACUGCACGCCGCUGUACCAAGGCACCGACUGCUGUCACUAUAAGUACACUUGCACCAGCUGUAUGUUCGACACGCUCGGUAACCUGCUCCGCAGGGCCAGGCGCCGGUAGGCGCAUGAAGUCCAACGGCAGCGACGGCGGCCGGUGGUUCACCGUGUCAUCGGAGGUCCUCAGCCGACAUCGACGGCAUUAUACGAUGUGUGAGGCGUUUAUUUUGCUGGAUUAGCACCAGAAUACAUAUAUUGUUCGGAGCCAUGAUACGUUUGAUAAAAUGGUGAUAUACAAAACGGAAUAAAAUUGGGUGUUUAUGAGGAGCAAAUAAGUUCUGUGGCGAGGACAAAACAGUGGUGCGCAAGGAUGUCAAAGUCUUAUUCAAUUCUAACGUUUUUUCUUGUUAACGUUUAUGUUAACUAGAUUACUGAUCGCUCAUCCAUCAGCCAGCAGUAGAGUCAAAACCCAAUACAAAAUCACGAUCGUCGGCAUAUUCUGCAGUCACGAACCAUCCGAAUCACUAAAGGAAACACGUCCGAAAAUCGCUACUGAUGAUUAUGAUGAUGAUUUGGGGUUUUAGUGCGCAUCACAAACAGUAAGGUGACAUGAAUGCUGCUUCCAUAAUGUAUUGUGCUUUCUGCCACGCAACAGCUGACUGAUGAAGCACAAAAUGUAACGGAAACUAACUCAUUUGAAAAAUUUCAGCGCAUGAAUAGAACGCAACGAAGGUUACUCCGCAUCAGGUUACUGAAAAAGCAAAGGUCAUAACACUACUAAGACAUGUUUCGCCACCUCCACUGCAGUUGUGAGAGACAUACUCAACUGACAGAUUGCAGUUAGUCAUUUUGGAUAGCUUGUAAAAAUGGGGUCGUGCAUGGAGCAUCAGUACAAGCCGACGGUGCAAAUCAACACCAGCGCAAGCCAGCCCCCACCAGGGUUCGUUAUUAGCACAACCGCUCCACGGCGAACUUUUCCUUUUAGCCCAUAGGGUUCACGUGUUAAAGACCUGCUUUUCACGGAGCUGUAAACCCAGUUCUAUCUGGCCAAUUUCGAUGCAACCGGUGCCAACGAAAGAUUGUUUAAUUGUCUUGAGCCGAUCCAAUGACCUUUUUUGUCUGAAGGCCAACUCCCACGGCGUACCGGGUCAAAGUUUUGGGUCAUCGUACGCCGUGGAUGUUCCGACUAUCGCGACAUGACCGAUGAUGUCAGUAGCUUAGUCGAUGCAUCGGGCUCCAGGUCUAUCAAGGCCUGCAUGCCUGGUCUUAACGUGACUUAACAUCUCUCACAGCCAACUUUUGGUACUUCACUGCCCUUCCCUCACAAAAACGUUGGAUAAACAUUACUUCCAGUGAAAGAAAACAUCGAAAACAUAGCUACAUCCUAGCCCGUCAUCCUACAUAGCUAAACGGCCUGAUCCAACCACUAAGUAAUUUGAACAUAAGUGAGACAAGCAUACACGAUUGCACAAACCCCCGUCGCAUCCGAUGCAUACCUACAACGAUGCUGAUCAUGGAUGUAGGAACGGAGAGGGACGGAGGGGUCAUGCCCCCCCCCCCCCCCCACACACACACAUACACUUUUCAAGGCGGGGGAGGAAAGUUAAUUGCCCCCCUCCCACUUUCAGAUUAGGGUUGCAUUUGGCUUACUUUUGCACUACAUUAAACAUGCACGCCGAUUUACCUAGUUCAGCAGCCAUCUCCCUUCACAUGCGCCAUCUUUUUUGUUUGCUCACUAGCUAUCGCUUAGUGCUACAGCCGCAAGGCCGGCGCCGCAUGGCCUGGAGAUUGCAACGCCGGACGUCGAGGCUGUUGUUGGUAUGACUUGCGAGCGCGCAUGUUCAGGA